AUGCCGCCAGGGACGAAGGAAAUCUUGCAGAACAAGGAGAUCAUUGCAGUCAGCCAAGAUCCUCUGGGGAAGAUGGGGUAUCCUAUCUAUACUAAUACUUCCCAAGUCCGCGUGUGGAUCAAGGAACUCUCACCGAACGGAUGCAAGGCUAGAUGGGCGGUUGUGCUGCAGAACUUCCUCACUGAGAGCACCAUUCUUAAGGUUGAUCCUUCGAAAAUUCCGGGCUGGAAUUUACACACCAGGCUUCAACCUCUUCCGAGGAUGCUGAUUGCGAGUAACGACUUUGUUCUUGAACCUUAUGAUGAGGUCUUCGAUGUACUGAAGGGGGACGAGCCGAUAGAUGAUGAGGAAGAGGAGAUCAAUUCCGAUGAGGAGGGUCCUACUACCCUCCAGGAGCGCAGAACUCCGCCUCUCCCCAAUGACGGUGAAGACAGCGUAUCCACCCCUCAUAGUGGUCGUGGCGGCCUCGAGGCAUACGACCGCUCUUCGCACCGUUUCCAUGUCGAUGCCUCCUCUGGGCUUACAGAACUCGGAUCGAUCAACUCCUCGCCACAGUCUUUAGCAUCGAAUUCUGCACGAGGUUUAACACCACAGGGAGCCGCCCAACACAGACAUCUGGCUGUGCCCAUCAUGGAGCACAAUAGGAGCAGCGAUGGAAGCUCUGUAGCAUCAUCUUCUGGGUAUCAGGCAGAAGAUUUCGCUCAUCUGAGCGUAUCAGAGGAGAUCAAGGAUCUUUUUGGAUAUAUCAGUCGGUACCAUCCUCACACUGUCGAGCUGGAGACGCCACUGAAGCCGUUCAUACCCGAACUCAUCCCAGCCGUUGGGGAGGUGGACGCAGCUCUUAAGAUCCCUCCUCCAAGCACAGGCCUCAAAGAGUGCAUGAGUGCAGACAAGACCAUCUUGAACGGACUGGGUCUGGUCGAGCUUGAUGAGCCAUGUCUCAACCAGAGCGACCCCGCAGUUGUACAGUUG